AUGCUCAGAUUUCUUGAUUAUUAUUAAUAAAUUCCUAUUUUUAAUAGUUAAUCAUAUUAAUUAUUUGCAAUAAUUAAUAUUAAAAUUUUUCAGUUAAAAUCACUAAAGAUUUUAAACCCCAAACAUAGCUUAAGAUUUAAAAUAAUGGUCUUCAAAGACCAAGAAGUCUAUACAAAGAAAUGCAAAUACUACAAGAAGUUUACUUCUAACAGAAAAAUAGUGCUAGCUUUAGUACAUAUGAUUUACCUUCUUUUUAUUUCUUUUUUAAAUAGUCAAUAAAUAAAAGAAAUUGGAAAUGCAAAAAGAGGUUAAUUUAUAAUCUAGUACAUAUUUCCGUCACUCACAGCAAACCACUCACAUGUAAUGAGCCAAAAACACAAUGAUGGAAGUUUAAAAUAAUUUCUUCUAGAAUUUGCAGUUCCUUGAAU